CUUCUUGGUGUUGUAUUUCAAAUUGUUCUCUAGUCAAUAUCGAAGAAGUUGAAUAAGUUUCUUGUGGCUUCCCACAACUCAUUUUGGGUCACUCUCAUGCUUCGUCGAGAAGCUCGAAGACGACGUGAAUAUCUCUAUCGAAAGUCUUUGAAAGAAGAAGAAAUAUAUGAGAAGAAAAUCAAGGUUAGAGACGCCAUUGCUGCUGGAAAGAAUGUUCCAACAGAACUUCAAGAAGAAGCACAAGAAUUGUUUGAAUCCGCAAACUACUUGGACUCAGCAACAGACCGUGCUUAUUCUCACGUGGAUGACGAAUAUGCUAGAGCCAAUGAAAUAGAUCCCAAAGUUGUCAUUACAACCUCUCGAGAUCCCAGUAGUAGAUUGUCUCAGUUUGCCAAAGAAGUGAAACUUUUAUUUCCCAACUCUCAACGGUUGAACCGAGGCAAUCUAGUCAUUCGUGACUUGAUGACGGCUUGUAAAAACAAUCAAGUAACUGAUGUUAUCCUGUUAAGUGAAUAUAGAGGACAGCCCGAUGGUCUUGUUGUUUGUCAUUUACCUCUUGGACCUACUGCAUUCUUUUCUUUAUCCAACGUGGUUAUGCGUCAUGAUAUUGUGGAUACAGACCUUGGAACAGUCUCAGAAGCCAACCCGCAUCUUGUCUUUGAUAAUUUUGAAUCAAAGCUUGGAUGGAGAGUUAAAAAUAUUCUCAAAUAUUUAUUUCCGAGUCCAAAACCAGAUUCCAAGCGUAUCAUUACUUUCAGCAAUCAUGCAGAUAUUAUUUCCUUUAGACAUCAUUUGUAUCAAAAAAGUGGCACUAGACCCGAAGAUAUAGAGUUGAUAGAAAUGGGACCUCGUUUUGAUAUGAAGCUUUACCAAAUUCGAUUAGGAACGAUUGAGCAAUCACAUGCGGAUAAUGAAUGGGUUUUAAGGCCUUAUAUGAAUACAGCACAUAAGAGACGAGCAUUAGGUGGAAUCUAAGGGAAUGUGUGAAAACAUGGAAAUAUUUUCCUUCUUUGGAACGUUCAUAUAUUUAUCGUUGUUGACUUUUGAAUUGUUGCAACAGUGGAUAUGUAACAUCAAAACGAAUGAUCAGACCAAGAGAGAAGGUUUUCAAGUAUGUGUCAACAGAUAUGAAGAAAUAUUAGAAUCGUUUCAUAUGUAGUCCCCAGAUAUUUCUAAAACAAUCUUUAAAUAUAAGCAUCGUACACUUGUACUAUUUUUUUGAUCAAAAAUAUGAUAGAGACUAAAGUAACUAACAAGAGCCAAAAAUUUCAGAAAUAGCUUUGUGACUAGAGCUAUAUACAUCUUGGUUACGACCUACCGAGACUCGUAGUUACUUUAGCUCACGGAUGAAUCGUCCAUAAUGUGAAAAAGAUCAGCCUACUGGUUGUGCUUUGUGGAGCUUUCUAUUGGUCCCAUGCUUUUGAGUCUCUUUGUGACAAUAUUCAUUUUCAAAUACGAAUCCUUCUUUACUGGGUUUAACAAAAAACUUAUAUUUUUAAUGUAAAGAGGUAUAAAGCGUCUAUUAGUAUCUGUCAACACACAAAGUUGUUACAGAAUGAAUAAACUAAUUAUUUCAAAA